AUGGAAAAUUCCUCCAGAGAGUUGAUGUUUGUGCUUCAUGGACUCAGUGAGACAAGAACAAACAAAUACAUUUACUUUGCAUUUGGCCUUGUUGUCUAUAUUGUGACUUUGCUUGUAAAUUUAACACUAAUUAUUGCAAUUAUUCUGGACAAAACACUUCAUGAACCCAUGUAUCUCUUUAUAUGCAAUUUGUAUGUGAAUGGAAUAUGUGGUGCUUCUGCUUUCUAUCCAAAGAUUCUUGCUGAUCUUUUUUCAGACCUUCAUGUUAUCUCAUAUACAGGCUGCCUAGCACAAAUAUACAUCAUUAGCUGCUAUAUUUUUUGUGAAAUUACAUGUCUAACAGUCAUGGCAUAUGACCGAUAUGUAGCCAUUUGUAGACCUUUGGAAUAUUACACCAUUAUGAACAAACAGAAAGUGAUGAAAUUGUUGAUUUUUAUGUGGUUUUUCUCUGUGCUAGAAACAUCUGUUGGAAUUGUACUGACAGCCAGGCUACCUUUAUGUGGUAAUGAUAUUGACAAGAUUUACUGCUCUAACUGGGAGGUUGUUAAGCUUUCUUGCACAGACAUGACUGUGAACAGCAUUUACGGGUACCUAACAUUUUAUCAUGUCUGUCAAGCUGCGUUCAUCUUUGUCUCAUAUAUUCGCAUUAUCAGGGCUUCUUUGCGUUCUAAGACAGAGCGGGUUAAAUUCAUGCAGACUUGUCUGCCUCAUUUAAUCACCCUCAUCAACUUCACCAUUUCUGUAUUAUUUGAUGUACUGUAUGCUCGCUAUGGCAGAAGCCUGGGACUGCAAGCUCUGCGCAACAUCUUGGGAAUGGAGUUCCUUGUUGUGCCUCCUCUGCUGAACCCCAUCAUAUAUGGGUUAAAAAUGACUCAGAUACGGCACCGCUUUGUGAAAAUGUACAGCCACAAGUGGAAAGGAGUGCAAUAA